AUGGGCAUCACCUGUGUUGGCGUCAGAGGCCCAUCGUGUCCCCGCACAUACUCUCCGGAGUCCUCACAACACGGCCCCUUGUGGGGCUGCGCUCUGAGACGUGGGCUCCUUAAACAUCUUGCCCGCAACCCAGAGCCAGUAAGUGACAGAGCCUCUUUCAGCGUCCUUCCCCUUCUGCCAGCGCGUGGGGGGCCGGUGCGGGCUCCGGGCCCCUCCCUGACCGCGCCCCUCCCUAACCGCAGCCUGGCCCAGUCGCUGUGGGCCCUCUUCACCUCCUCUCUGACCAUCUCCCUGGUGUUCGCCGUCAUCCCCUUCUGCCGCGAUGUGAAGGUGCUGGCCUCCGUCAUGGCGCUGGCGGGCCUGGCCAUGGGCUGCAUUGACACCGUGGCCAACAUGCAGCUGGUGAGGAUCUACCAGAAGGACUCGGCCAUCUUCCUCCAGGUUCUCCAUUUCUUUGUGGGCUUUGGGGCUCUGCUGAGCCCCCUGAUCGCCGACCCCUUCCUGUCGGAGAACAGCUGCUUGCCGGCCAAUAGCACGGUCAACAUCACCUCUGGCAGUCACCUCUUCCACGCCUCCAGGGUCCUGGGCCAGCACCACGCGGGGGCCUGGCCUUGGGCCAACCAGACGCUCCCCGGGCUGUCCCCGCCAGACGGAGCAGGAACCCGUGUGUCCUACCCCUCUGACCACCCCCAGCUCCCGGUGCCCAUGGCUGUGCUGUAUCUGCUGUCCAAAGAGCGGCUGCUGACCUGCUGCCCGCAGAGGAGGCCGCUGCUCCUGUCUGCAGAUGAGCUCGCCCUGGAGACGCAGCCUCCCGAGAAGGAAGCCGCUUCCUCGCUGCCCCCAAAGGUUCAGUCACACCCAGCGCACGAGGACCUGUUCAGCUGCUGCCGGAGGAGGAACUUCAGGGGAGCUCCUUACUCCUUCUUCGCCAUCCACGUCACAGCUGCCCUGGUCCUGUUCAUGACCGACGGGAUGACGGGUGCGUAUUCCACCUUCGUGUACAGCUAUGCCGUGGAGAAGCCCAUGUCGAUGGGACACAGGACGGCUGGCUACCUCCCCAGCCUCUUCUGGGGCUUCAUCACCUUGGGUCAGCUCGUCUCCAUCCCCGUCUCCUCCCGCGUGAGGCCGGCCACCAUGGUUUUCAUCAAUGUGGUCGGCGCGGUGGUGACACACCUGGUGCUUCUCGCCUUCUCCUACAACGUCAUCUUCCUGUUCGCGGGCACCGCCUGCCUGGGCCUGUUCCUCAGCAGCACCUUCCCCAGCAUGCUGGCCCACACGGAGGACAUCCUGCAGUACAAGGGCUGUGCAACCACGGUGCUGGUGACAGGGGCAGGGCUUGGCGAGAUGUCCCUCCAGAUGCUGGUUGGCUGGGUGUUCCAGGCUCGGGGCAGCUACAGCUUCCUGGUCUGUGGUGUGAUCUUUGCCUGCUUGGCUUUCACCUUCUACAUCUUGCUCCUGUUUUUCCACAGGAUGCACCCUGGACCCUCAUCAGCAGCUCCUCCCCAGGACAGACCGUGCGGGACGGAAGGCUCCGAAUGCUACCAGAGGUAGAAGUGGGGGACGGAG